GCUCUCUUCGUGGUCCUGGAACUGCUUUGCCUCCUCUCUUCUCCCUCCGCAGCUGCACUUUCGCAUUCGUCCCCCCUGCCUCCUCGCGCGUCUCCUGCCUUCGCCCAUUCCGUCUCCUCCUCUUUCGGUCUCAUCCAUCCCUCCGGACGCCCCCCAAUCACCCCCGUAACCAUGUUCAAGAAGAUGUCCCUCACCCUCGUCGUCCUGGUGGCCAGCCUCAUCUCGCUGGCCACCGCCGACAUCGGCCUCGUCCAGUCCAACACCCGGACCGUCUACGACGGUGUGGGUCUCAGCGCCCGCGCCAGCAUGCCCAACUUCGUGGUCAACCGUAAGUCCUGCCUGAUCGACAGCGGCAGCCGCCAGUCCGGCAUCACCGUCGGUGCCGGCCACGGCAUUGCCCACCAUGGCACCCCCUUCUGCUGCAAGGAUCUCGGCACCAUCGAGUAUGACAGCCAGAACCGGAAGACCUGCCGCGCCGGGUGCCCGGAUGAGCCGCGCUUCGAGCUGCACUACUUCGCCCGCGACGUCGACCAGAUCGGCGCCGACUGCCUGACCAACUGCUUCGAGAAGUCCGGGUGCAAGGACUGCCUCACCGGGACCAACAUCCAGAACUGCACUGAGUGGUGCAAGAGCCAGGUGGUCGGCACUUCCGGCGGCCGUUGCGCCAACCCCGGCAGCAACCAGGUGACCAACUGCUGCGAGUGUGUCUUCAACUGAGAGAGAGAGAGAGAGGGCACCCGCGGGGAGUGUGCCACACGGCACUUUGUGCGUGUGCGUGUGCGUGUGC